GCAAAGAUUAAUCACGUGAGCUCUCUGGUCCGAGUUCUCAAUGGCUAUUACAAGGAGGAUCAACAUCGGACGGUUGGGAAUGAUUCGAAUUCUGAGAAAUCUACGGCUCUGAUUGAUCGUGACUUGCUUGGUGGUGGGUCUAACUCUUUUUCUUCUGCAACCUCUAAGCUUGUGGUUGAUUCCCAGGAAUUGGACCUCGACUCGAAGGUCCCAAAUGGCUGGGAAAAGCGCCUAGACUUGAAGUCAGGGAAAGUCUACCUACAAAGAUAUAGCACCCCAAAUUCACCUUCAAUCUCAGACAACAAGCACCAAAUCAAUUCAACAGUUCCAAGACUUCAGGAUUUAAAUUUUCCACCAUCACCCUCGAAAAUCACAUUAAAUCUUUUUGAUGAAACUCCACUGGAUUUAAAGUUGGUCUCAUCAUCAUCGUCGUCGAAUCAUUAUCAAAGCGUAUGCACUCUUGAUAAGGUGAAAUUAGCACUCGAAAGGGCAGAGAAAGAACCACUGAAGAAGAGAGCAUCAUUUGGGAAAUCAUCAUCGUUGCCUUCAUAUUCAUCGUCAUCAUCUUUGAUUAGAGAAAGAUUUUGAAGAUAAAUUAUUAUCAUCACCAAUGGCAGCAGGGUGUCCUGGUUGCUUAACUUAUGUAUUGAUAACGAAAAAUAAUCCAAAAUGUCCUAGGUGCAGUUCUGUUGUGCCGUUACCCCUGAUGAAGAAACCUAGAAUUGAUCUCAACAUAUCAAUCUGAAUGAUUAAAGAAUACUAUGAUUAUGGCUUAUAUCCACUAUUUUUAAUUUUGUAGAUGAUAGAUGAAAUUAGAGUUGGAGAAAUAGAUUUGUUAGUAAAAGAAGAAUAUAUGUACAUCAUAAAGGGAUGGUGCCGGUAUUAGUGUAGUUGAUAGAAGUUUGAUUCAUUCAGAAUCUUUUAUCAUAUUUCGUCCUUUAUAUUUUAA